UGCGCAGAUGGUGGCGAAAGCGGAAGAGCGGCGUUGCUUUGCGGAGGGAAACGGCAGUGGGUGCAGACAUGCGAGCGCGACGCUUCGGUGCACUGCGCUUCUUCGGCGGCUUCGUGUGCGGGGCCGCCGCUGCUACCGCUUCGUGCGUCGCUUCCAUGCGGGUCUUCGGGCGGCACGUACCGGAUCCAGAGCCCCAUCCAGAUGAUGUACCCCAGAAAGACAUGGGUCGAUACGGCUUCCCUGUGACAGGAGCCGAAAUGCGGUCAUAUGCGAACCAUGUCUUGUCAUACGACCAGGUGAAAAAGACACCAAGAUGGGUGGCAGAGCACCUGUCAAAUGCUAAACUGCAAGGCAGCGCUGAGAGGAAGCACUGUAAGUUCAGGCCAGACCCUGGCGUGACAGAACUCUUCACGGCACACAAUGAGGACUACUUAGGGAGCGGCUGGUCCAGGGGUCACAUGGCACCGGCUGGAGACAACAAAUUCUCUGAGCAAGCAAUGGCUGAAACCUUUUACCUUUCAAAUAUAGUGCCUCAGAAUUAUGGGAAUAAUGCUGGUUUCUGGAACAGGCUUGAAAUGUACUGCAGGAACCUAACGGAAAAAUUUGAAGAUGUCUGGGUUAUUUCAGGACCACUGAUGAUGCCAGAAGUGGGGGCUGAUGGGAAAAAAACAAUCUCGUACAAGCUAAUCGGUAAACACGAUGUGGCUGUCCCCACCCACCUCUACAAAAUCGUCCUGGCCCAGAGGUCAUUGUCAGCACCAACUCUGGCUCUGGGGGCAUUCGUCGUCCCAAACCAGCCUAUCGGGUACGACCACCCUCUGACUGAGUUCCAGGUGAGCCUCGUGGACUUGGAGAAGUUGACCGGGCUCAGGUUCUUCCCCAAGGUGGACCCGGCGGGUCUCCAGAACCUAUGCGAGCUGGACACCUGCAAGCUCCUGGACUUCAAGGAGUUCACGCUGUACAUAACGGGCCGCAAGGUGAAGGGCGCCAACACCACGGCGAAGCUGGAGAAGUCCAUGUCAGACAUAAAGAAUUUGGGCAUCACCCCGGACGACUAUCUGCUCAAGCUCUACCAGCAGAAAAGGGAGGAGCUUCAGGCCAAGGAAGCUGCUCAAGGCAGAAAGCCAUAAUCUGGAGAGAAUUUGAUCAUCCCAUGUCCACUGUGGUACACAACUGAAGAUCUUAAUGUUUGAGACUAGCGAUGUGUGCCUGUUUUGAGGUUUAAAAUCAUUCUGAAGUUUUUGCUUUAGGGCUGGAGGCUGAUUUGGUGACUCAGUGGUUUGCGCUGUAGCCUCACAAAUUUUGUUUGUUAGUUACUUUAUAUUGCAGACGUUGAUCUCAAAAGUAACGUACAAGUGGGAGAAGCUCAGAUAUCAGGUUCAGCCAGCAUCUAGUGAGCUUUAAGGCCUUUGCUCAAAUACCCUUACAGUGAUAGUUACUCUGCCUGCCAUGGGGUUUGAACCCAUGACCAUCUAGACAUGGGAUCAGAUCCCUAAUAUGCUGAGUUUUGGAAUUUGAAUGUCUCCUUUGAGUACUCCUGUUUACUCCCUUUGUCCAAAAGCAUAGGGUUAGGGGAAUGGUAAUACUAAGCGUCUUAUAGCCAGUACUUCUUUGCUUGGCCUACAGUGAACUGGUGUCCUGGUCAGGCUGUCCACUGCCUUGAAUCCUCUGGUUUUUGGGAUAGGCUUCUGGCUAACCCUGACCAUAUGCUGGAAGGAACGUGUAUGAAAUAACAUCUAUUAAUUUCUGCCAUGUCCAUCAUACGGUUAUUUAAACAUAACCUCUUUCCACCACACUUCUAAAUUACGGUUUUAAUUUCUAAAUUUCUCAACAUUAUGUGGGGAAAUGUAAUAAUGUAGCUGUAUUUUUAAAAAUGGUUUCUGUCUCUUACACUGAAAAUGCAAUUCUGUAACAAUUCAAAAAAAAGUUACAAACCUGCCCCUAAGUAGGCAUAUCAGUUUAUUUUUAUGUAUUUUUUCGCUUCAUCAAUCUUUUCCAAAAAAAAUAAUAAAAGCCAAUUGUUUUCCCUAUAUCAAUCCAGUUAAUUUAUGUGAACUCCCAGUAAAUCCAAUAAUAGAAUAUUUUGUCUAAAUGUCAAGAGUGGAAGCAAUUAAUUUUUUUUUUUUAACUCUUGAAUGGUACUGUUUACAUAUUUAAAUUGAGUUAAAGCCAAGAAAACUGUGAGCAAGCAGCCUCAAAUGACAUACUGCUAUUGAAGAUUAACAUCAGUUAAUCUGAGCACGGAUUGGCUUUUCAUAACUACUAGAUAGUUAUAUUUUUCAGAGUAUGAAUUGUUAUGAAUCACACUGCACUCAAAUGAUUGUGAUAAAUCUAUCAUUCGGAAUAUUUCAUGAAGUAAAACCACUAUGGAGUGUAAAAAAUCAAGGUCUUCAGUUGUCGCUUUUAGUUAUAAAAUUAUCACCAUCCUCAUCAUCAUCGUCAUCAUUAUUUUUAUACCCCUGAUGAGCAUAGUGGUGGCAGAACAGACAAGAGGUCACGACAAUCCUCUUUCCAAAGCCUAUUUUGGGAAAUACCUGAAUACUCCUCUAGUCUGUGCUGGGUCUGCAACAAGGUCUCCACCCAGUAGGAUGUGCCCAGGACAGCCCAGACGAAGGAUUAUCACGGGGUACCACAACCAUAUCAGUUAUCUGUUGAUCCAAUGGAACAGUAAUUCUAUUUUGAGGUCCUUUCAAAUGUAUAAACUCCUUCCUUUGUCACAGAUAUUGAUCCUGGCAAUGCUUGGACUUUCUGUAGGAAUCUUUGACUGUGAUACCUGUUGCUUUAAGCCAUGUAUGUUGCACAUAUCCUCUUCAUUUUCUAAAGAAGUUAAGCUUGAUAAUAAUAGUUGCACAAUAACCUCAUGAGGAGGCUUUUACCAUGGGUUUUAAAGAUCAAGCUCAUGACUUAAAAGGUCAUGAUCCCCAUUGAAAGUUUCCUGUAUUUUGGCGAAGCAAGCAGUUCCUUGAGUCUCAAUGACUUAGUAACUCAGGAUAUUCUAUUGCGGUCACCCUGGAUCGGUGCCAAAAAUGAAGUACCAGGGAAAGUAUUCAGGACGUAUUCUAAGAUGUCGGAGCUGGCAGUCUGAAGUUGUCAAACUAGCCACUCGUUUCUCACGUUCUGAGAUAAAAGCUGAAGGUCUCCUCUUUAAUGGAGAGUUAACCCUUUACAAGGCAGGCCUUGAAAGUGUUGGCAGAAGCUCUUGACAGCAAGUUUUGGACGAGUAUGGCUGUGGCGAGUGACCGUUUAUUUUGUUACUUUCUUGAUGCAGUUGAAGUUCAUUUGAGAGUAUUUGGGAUGUAAUAUAAUUUGUUGCAGUUUAGAAAACUUUGGUGGGCAUUUUAUUAAUGGCAAUGGACUUACGACGAGGCAUUUGCCCCUCAGGGAGGUAUUUGAUUGUAACCGAAGGAUUGGGGCAAUUAAGAAUCCCAUCAUUCCAAACCAUUGAGCCAGGUACCUAAUCCACACCAGCAGGCCUGCUGCUGAAAGCACAGAACCUGCCCCUAAUCCCAGCCAGUCACCACCAUGCUGCGGUUCCAGUUUGUGGUUUCCAAAUUGGAGACAAUUGGGCCGAAGGGACCAUUGAGAAGUAUCUGAAGAAUUACAUUUAAAAUUAGCUGUGUCCCGGCAGCAUGAAGCUCUUCUCCUCUAGCUAACAGCAGCUAAGUGUUCUUAUGCAUCAGGGUGCGCAGCAUCACCUGCACCAUAACAAUUCAGCAGGUUUCUUCUCAGCCUGACCCCUUGGACAGCUUUUUGAGAAUGUCGGAUGGUGUCUUGUUGUGCAGAAGCCAGUGGACAGCAAUAGAUAACCAUGGAUGGCUUGCUUUGGCAGCAGAUGGCUCCGUAGGUGUGCUACCCCAGCCGAACCUUCCGUGUGGGGCCGCGUCAUAUAAUUAUUCUCAGUCACAAAAGCCAUUAGCUUUGCUUUGGUGUGAACCCUGAUCUACAGACAUAGACUAACAUAAUAUAUAUUUUGCUAAUUUAUGAAUUAAGAGAGCUGAUAUAUUGACUUAAUUCAGGCAUUAGCUAUCUUAAUUUGUAUUCAUAUUAGCUAGCUUAAUUCAGACAUUAGCUAGCUUUAUAAUAUAUCUUAAACACCAGAGCAUGAUUAAAUUUUCCACCCCGUUUGAUCUUUAUUAUUUUUAUUAUUGUGCACUGUGCCUUGUUGUCAGGCUCUUUCUGUAGUGUUGUAUAGUAUGAAAUGACAGGACAGUAGUUUUCAUUUAUUUUUCUUUUUGUUUUGUUUCAUACCUUCUUAUCCAUGACCUGGAGCCAAUCCCAUGAAGCAUGGUGCGCGAGGCAUGGACGGCACGCCAGCCAAUCACAGGCUGCACACGCCCACAAAGGGACGUUUAGAGACUUUGAUAUAACUAAAGCAUGUCUUUGGACCGUGGGGAGGAAAGCGGAGAUGCUACAUGGACAUGGAGAGAACAUCCAAACUCCUCACACGCAGAGCUGGGACACAUUAACAGCCGGCCCUGGAGGUGUGAGGCUACGGCGUCGGCAGCUGAAGCCCGUUUGGGGUCUCGCUCUUCCUCCUGUGUUUCCUGCGACAGGCUGCUGAAAGGUGCCUUCAGCGUGACAUUUAGACUUACUCAGGGUUUAAAAGGCUAAAGGUUUUAGAUACCAGCCCAAGUGCACUUUCAUUUUAAACCCAGGUCCUGAAAAAAUAAAUUCAGGAUUUUUCCGCUUUGUAUAUACAGUAAGUCAUUGUGUAUGUUGCUUUUCUGUACAGCUUCUUUGACAUCUCAUCACAUUGCCGGCUCUUUUCCGGGCUUAGUCUCUGUUACUGCGAACAAUAAUAUUUACGUUCCUCCUGUUUAAA